CGCGUUGAAACAGCAACGUUCAGUUUUCCUGUGACGGUCAAACAAAACGCAGGCAGAAUGGCCUCCCCUGCCACGUACACCGACGAGGCCGCAUUCAAGACCCCGAAAGCCGUCCGAGUCCGGAGCUCUGGCAGCGGCGGAGGGACCCCCGUCACCAUCCCGGCCUCCCCCUUCAUGAAGAAGCUGGGUUGUGGGACUGGAGUCAACGUUUACCUCCUGAACAGAGUGGGCAAGCUGGAUGCGUCUCCCUGGGCGGUCAAGAAGAUCUACAGGAAGUGUGCCGCCAAACAGAUGGCGGUUUACCAGAAGCGGCUGAAUGAGGAGGCGAAGGUCCUGAAGGGCAUCAACCAUCCAAACAUCGUUGGCUUUCGAGCCUUCACCCGAGCCCACGAUGGCUCGCAGUGUCUGGCCAUGGAGUACGGCGGGGAGCAGUCCCUCAACGACCUGAUCGAGCGCAGGAGGGAGGCCGGCCUCAAGGCUUUCCCCGCCGCCAGCAUCGAGAAAGUGGCUCUGCAUGUCGCUCGUGGUCUUCAGUACCUUCACAACGAGAAGAAGCUGCUGCACGGCGACAUGAAGUCCUGCAACGUGGUCAUCAGGGGCGACUUCGAGGCCGUGAAGAUCUGCGACGUCGGUGCGUCUCUGCAGCUGGACGAGAACAUGAGAGUGUCGGACCCGGAGGCCGAGUACAUCGGCACCGAGCCGUGGAAGCCGAAGGAAGCUCUGGACGAGGGCGGAGACGUCACCGACAAGGCCGACGUGUUCGCCUUCGGCCUGACUCUGUGGGAGAUGAUGACGCUGGCCAUGCCUCACCUGGAGAUGCUGGAGGGCGACGAUGACGAUGAAGAGGACUCGUUCGAGCGGAGCUUCGACGAGGACGCCUUCUACGAGAAGCUGGGGACGAGGCCGCCGCUGGACGCCGAGGCUCUGGGCGGCUCGUACCGGAGGAUGGUGGAGCUGUUCUAUCUGUGCACCGAGGAAGACCCCAAGAAGAGACCCUCAGCCAAUCAGAUCGUCCAGGCUCUGGAGAGCAACGCCCCGCUGGACAAAACCUCCAGCGAGGUGAUCGUCAUCGACUGAAGCUCGUCUUCGUCUGUCGACCCUCUUCAUCACUUUUAUGUGUCGUCUGUUUUCUGUCUGUAUGUUUUUGUUCCUUCACUUCAGUAAACGUCUGCAUUUCUGAUUAAA